UCUAUAUAAAAAAUAAAUACAACCCAGUAUAUAAUUUGCGUGAGUGGAGUCCUGAUCAACCAGGUUUACCUGAGAGUCCCACAUUUGGCUUUUAAUUUUUUUUUUUUUUUUAAUUAUUCUACUUUCCAGUGUUUCGUUUCCUCAGAGAAAUUUCCUUUUUGUUCUCCUUCUCCAUCUUUAUUCUCCACCUUUGACAAUCAAAUUUUUUCGCUUCUCUCUUGAGAAACGGAAGUAAAAAAGCAGUCGCAGACUCCUCCACCACACUCAUACUGAAACUCCAAUUUCACACUGAAACUCUAAUUUGGAUCUCAUGCUCUCCCUAAGCACCAUCCAUACUUCUUUAGCCAAUUUUGUUUUACCUGGGUAUCCUUUUAGCUAAGCGUGACCCUACUUCAACAGCAAAUGCAAACUACAACUGUGUUUCUCUCUUAUUAUUUGCGUCUUUUGGAUCUCCAUCCAUCUGCUUAAUUAAAGUUCGUGGUUUCUAUUUUUUACAAACUAGCCGAUUCAGAAACUCUCGUAAGAAAUGAUCCUAGUUAUGCCUUAAACAUCUCCAUAUCAGCCAAAACUGAAGUACACACAUAUCUGAGGAAAUCACCCAAUUAUCUCACUGACAAGUGCUUUGUCAGAAAUUAGUUAAGAGAAUUUACAGAGAGAGAGAAGAGAGAGAAAAUGAGAGAAAUCAGGGAGCAGCAGAGGGAGCAGAGUUACUUGCAAAAUGGAUCGGGGAUUUAUUAUCAUUUGCAAGAGACGAUCUGGCCUUCUGUCAAGUUAUCUGCAAGAUUCUCCGUCUUCGUGUUCCUCCUCUUCCUGCUUGUAUGCGCGUUCGACUUCACGCGCCACUUUGACAACACUACUGUUAAGAGCGGGUUGGCUCAGAAGCCGUUUUUAGCCACCGAAAAGCUCAUAAACAAAAUCGAGAUUCCACUCGACUGCGCUGCUUUCAACCUCACAAGAAAAUGUCCGGCGUAUUACUCCACUACCAUUUCAGAAAAUCCACGCCGUCCAUCUGUUUCUGCUUGUCCAGAAUACUUCCGUUGGAUAUACGAAGACCUGCGUCCAUGGGCUCGCACGGGGAUAACGAGGGAAAUGGUUGAGAGAGCUAAAAGGACAGCGAAUUUUAGGUUGGCGAUUGUGAAUGGCGAAGCCUAUUUGGAGAAGUACCGGAGGGCGUUUCAGACGAGAGAUGUUUUUACGCUGUGGGGAAUCCUACAGCUGUUACGGAGAUACCCAGGAAAAGUGCCUGAUUUGGAGCUCAUGUUUGAUUGCUUUGAUUUGCCGGUUGUGAAUUCAAGUGAGUAUAGUUGGAGGCCCAACGCAACGGCCCCACCACCUUUGUUUGGUUACUGUGGAGAUGACGACACACUGGAUAUCGUUUUCCCAGAUUGGUCCUUUUGGGGAUGGCCUGAGGUCAAUAUAAAGCCAUGGGAGAAUCUGCUGAAUGACUUGAAAGAAGGCAACAAGAAGACCAGGUGGAUGGACAGGGAACCUUAUGCUUACUGGAAAGGAAAUCCAGCAGUUGCUGAAACCAGGCAGGACCUUAUGAAAUGUAAUGUCUCUGAGCAACAAGACUGGAAUGCUCGUUUGUAUGCUCAGGACUGGAUUCGAGAAUCACGGCAAGGUUACAAGCAAUCAAACUUAGCAAGCCAAUGUAUUCACAGAUAUAAGAUCUAUAUCGAAGGGACUGCAUGGUCAGUCAGCGAAAAAUACAUUCUUGCCUGUGAUUCUGUUACUUUACUUGUAAAACCACAUUACUAUGACUUCUUCACGAGAAGUCUCAGGCCAAUUGAACAAUACUGGCCUAUAAAGGAUAAUGACAAGUGCAGGUCCAUUAAGUUUGCCGUUGAGUGGGGUAACACCCACAAGCAGAAGGCACAGGCCAUUGGAAAGGCGGCCAGUGAAUUCAUUCAGGAGGAAUUGAAGAUGGAUUAUGUGUACGACUAUAUGUUUCAUCUCUUGAAAGAGUAUGCAAAUCUCUUGACGUUCAAGCCAGUUAUACCUCGAAAAGCUAUAAAACUGUGUUCAGAAUCCAUGGCUUGCCGAUUGGGUGGACUAGAGAAGGACUUCAUAUUGGAAUCCAUGGUGAAGAGUCCUGCAGAGACAAGUCCAUGCACGCUGCCUCCUCCCUAUGAUCCUCCAUCUCUUCACGCCAUUUUUAGGAGAAGAGAGAUUUCAAUAAAACAAGUGGAGUUAUGGGAGAAGAAGUACCGGGACAAUCAGAACAAUUAAUUAGAAUCCUACAAAAUAAGGAAUAUACACAGUGCCUUCAAUUCAGAUGAUUAUUUAAUUAUUUUUUGAUGUCAUUUUUAGCAGAAAAAGGCAUUCAUUAACAGGUAGAGUUGUGGGAGCAAAUGCUGGGGAAUAUUUAAAAUAAGUUAAGGAGCAGUGUAGGGGAAUUUAUAUUAAAUUAUUCGUUGAACCCAAAUUAUUAAUGAGACUCAUAUAUAUGCUGUUCACUAAA